CGCGCCGACCGUCCUAACGGUAACACGUCCGAACAGACCCGUGCCGGUGCCCAUGCACCCGCCCUGACGUUGUGGAGUGAACGAGUUUGAACAUCGCUGUGAUUUGUUUUCAGUGCUACGACGAUAAGUGUUUGUGAACGUGACAAAUAAAAAAUAUUGUGUAUUGAGUGCACUAUGCGGUUGCGUACGUUAUGAAUGGUCUGGACCGCUGCUUCUUCGAUCAACGUGAGUCACAGCAACAUGGAGAAGACUGCGGUUAUAGUUAUAUAAGCCUGGGCCGCCUUCACCCGUACGGCUCGGGCAGCGGUUCGAGCAGCGGUAGCGGGCGUCGUCGCACGCGCCGCGGCCUCUCCGACUCGCCGACCGCACCCACUACUCCCACCUCAGCGUCGGACAACGCCUCUGACGCGACAUUAACCGACUCCGAGCUACCCUUGGCCAGGGAUUCUACGCUACUCGUGCAAAACGGCAUGCUGAGAUCUACCUUCGACCGACCAGAUCACGAACGUUGUUUGCUAGAAGGUUCUCGGCCCCCGCCAGAUGUUCCGCCGCGUAAUCCUACGAUGUCCCGUUUGAACGGCCGCAUCACCGGCAACCCAGCUGAUUUGGUCGACUUUGAGCCUUCGUGUCUUGUUCGCACACCAUCUGGAAAUUUCUACGUGCCUUCAGGGGACAUACAAAAGAAUCCGUCUAUGGACUACAAAUCGAAUUCAUCGUGCAGUAGUCCAGGUAAACAAGAAAAAAGUACCUUAGAAAGAAUGGACAGAAGUGACAGGCAUCCUGCCUUCGGAGCUCCAGUGCCCGUCCUCCCCGUUAGGAAUAACCUCAGGGCGACGCACUUUCCUCCUGCCGCCUCUCGUUUUCACUUUAGAAAAGGCCUCUCUUCAAGAUGUUCUUGGAAGUGUACCGCCAUUGUGUUUAUAGUCUUAUUUGUUCUUCUAUUGUCUAUUGCCUCUUAUAUGUCAGCCUCAUAUUUCACUGACAACUGGUCAUAUCAGAACGCAAAACCGUGUUCAGUAUUAGUCGGUGAUACUACGGAUAAGUUUCAAUCAUCAAAAGUAACAACGCUUGAGUCUAGUAACAAAUCUUUGACGAAACCGCACCAGAGCGCAACGUCAUCUUCUUCAGGUAAAGAAGAAAGUUAUUCACGUCCUCGUAGAAGUAUAGAUGGGCAUGCUAAUUUAUCUUCUGUUUCUUCCACGGAUUCUUCCAAUGUAGAUAUGCAUGAAGUUCUACUUACUACUACUUUAAAUACUUCUUCUUCCUUGACCACUCUUAGCUUAUCGCAUGGUGUGUCAUCAGAGGACAAUGUCACACAAAAAGUAGGAGUUACAACUGUAACUAAUAACGCUUCUGUGUAUAACAGUGUUGGUGGUUCUGGUACUAAUGAUGUUUUAACAAAUAAUAGUAAUAUUACCCUAAAAAUAACGACUUCUGAACAAUAUAACAAAUCAAAUAUUACAAAAAAACCACAAGAUACUAUGGAAAUAUUUCCUAUUAGCGAUUUAAAAAAUAAUGGUAUCGAGAGUAUUAUUGAGCAGCCUCCUGAUUUUUUGACAAAUACAAAAAGUAAUAUCGCUUAUGAUCCCAAGGACAUGCAAGGCGAUUCAUUAGCACCGGUUUAUUCUUAUGGUUUGCAAAAACUUCAGUAUUUAAAACUACUGACCAAACUUCACGAAGUCAGCGAAGUGUUACACAUAAUUCCUAGUGAAUUAGCUGAAAACGAAAAUAAUUUAAAGAAGCUUCGCUAUGACAAUGACCGAAGCUCUCCAGCUGCACAAACAAAGAUUGCAAAACAAAGCGCAGAAACAACACAUGUUACUAAUACUCCACUAAAUCUACAAAAUAAAAGCUUAAAUACAGUUGAAAUAGAAGAAACUUCAACGAAUUCGACAGUACAACUAACAGAAAGUGUUACCACAGAAAGUGACUCUAAUAUUGUUACAAGUCAAACUAAUAUAAGAAGUGAGCAUGCAUUUUCAGAAACAGAGUCUUCCCCGAUUGUUACUAACCCUAACAAUAAUGUAAAUAUCACUUCUCCUCAAGUUAACUCAAAGCCAACACCUAACGAAACCACUACCUCAAAUAUCGCCACAGAACCAAAUUCUUCAGAUUCUAUACCAAACGCUAAACAUGUUUUGAUUAACUUAACAAUAUCGGCGGACGAUGUUAACAAUGAUUCAUUUAAGCCUCUGUAUUCAUUGACAGUAACUGUUCCUACUUUUGGUGAAGUAAAUGAGGUGCCUACUGUAAAAAUUACACCAAUUAAUAUUGAACCAACAAUGCCUACGAAUUUCAAUAAGCCCGUAUCAAUAGAUAGUAGUACAAAAAUACCUAAAACAGUUAAUACAGAAAAUUUUGGAGGAAGCUGUGAAUGUUCGUGUCCCGUAUGCGAAAACACGAAUUCGUCAGAUGACUUUUACGACGAUAUUUUAGAAAAAACAACACCCACCCAACAGGAUAGAUCUCUAUCAUCUCAAUACAGUUCAACAGAAUAUUCAACUAAUGUUGAGAGUACAGAAUCAAAAUCAGGUAUAGUAACGGAUGUUGCUACAGAGACUACAGAUUUUACAACUCCGACACAAUAUUUUGAAUCGAGAUCAACUGAUAAUGAUUACACAGCAACAGAUCUAUCUACAACGUCUACCGAAUCGGAUAUAAUGACAACAACCGAAAUUCCAAAAUGUAUUUGUCCUAAACUUAAGCCUCCACCGAUCCUUAUAUUGGAAGGUGCGCGAACAUUUCCAGCGCAGUCUUUUCCACCAGAUGGAACAACAUUUAAACAAAUAACUUUAGGUGAAAAAUUAUCAAAAGAAAUCCCUCCAUAUAGUUACUGGAAUAUGCAGUUUUAUCAAUCCGAAGCAGCUUAUGUUAAAUUUGACUACAUGAUACCAAGGGGAGCAUCUAUAGGUGUUUACGCCAGACGAAAUGCUCUGCCAACCCAUACUCAAUAUCACUUCUUAGAAGUCCUAAGCGGAUUUAAAGCUCGAACCACGAGAGCUUCACAUCCGUCCGUAAAGAAAGAAGUAACACAUUAUAUGGAACAAGGCCACUGGUUUCUUUCACUGUAUAACGACGAUGGAGACGCUCAGGAAAUAUCAUUUGUAGCGAUGGUCGCUGAUGACAUGACACAUAACUGUCCGAAUGGCUGUUCUGGUAAAGGCGAAUGCCUCAUGGGACACUGUCAGUGUCAGCCUGGUUUUGGUGGUGAAGAUUGCAGUGAAAGCGUGUGUCCAGUAUUAUGCAGUCAAAGAGGUGAAUACAUCAACGGCGAGUGUCAGUGCAACCCUGGAUGGAAAGGCAAAGAAUGUUCCUUGCGACACGACGAAUGUGAAGUCCCAGACUGCAAUGGACAUGGCCAUUGUGUGAACGGAAAGUGUUCUUGCGUCAGAGGGUACAAAGGAAAAUUCUGUGAGGAGAUCGACUGCCCACAUCCGACUUGUUCGGGUCACGGAUUUUGCAUCGAAGGUGCCUGUGUAUGUAAAAAGGGAUGGAAGGGCUUAGACUGCGCUACCAUGGACAAAGAUGCCCUUCAGUGUUUACCUGAUUGUUCUGGACACGGAACGUUUGAUGUUGAUAGCCAAACAUGCACAUGUCACGCUCGAUGGUCCGGUGAUGACUGUUCAAAAGAGGUAUGCGACUUGGACUGUGGACCACAUGGAAGGUGCGUCGGCGAAUCGUGUGUGUGUGAUCCAGGCUGGACGGGAGAGUUUUGUACGUCAAAACUAUGCGAUGCUCGCUGCGGUGACCACGGUCAAUGCAAGAACGGAACAUGCCUCUGCGUCUCUGGGUGGAACGGAAGACAUUGCACGUUGGAAGGCUGUCCCAGAGGCUGUGCUGGCCAUGGUCAUUGUAAGGUCUACAACUACCAGUGGGAAUGCAAAUGCUUCGACGGCUGGGAGGGUCGUGAUUGCACCACGAUUAAGGAACAAAUUUGUGAUGACUCCAAAGACAAUGAUAAAGAUGGCUUAAUCGACUGUGAAGAUCCAGAAUGCUGUCAAAGUGAAGCCUGCAAAGAAAGUCAACUCUGCGUAAUGUCUCCCAAACCAACAGAGGUCUUGCUUAGGAAGCAGCCACCGGCGAUCACGGCUUCCUUCUUCGAAAGGAUGAAAUUCCUCAUCGACGAAGGUAGUCUCCAGAACUACGCUAAACAGGAAACGUUCAAUGAGAGUAUGUUUUGGAACCACUUCAACACGAGUCGUUCAGCGGUUAUCAGAGGAAGAGUGGUGACGUCGAUCGGUUCUAGUUUGCUCGGAGUGAGAGUUUCCACAUCAACUCCUUUGGAAGGGUUUACAGUAACAAGAGAGGAUGGAUGGUUCGACCUCCUUGUAAAUGGCGGCGGAGCGGUCACUCUUCACUUCGGCAGAGCACCCUUCAAGGCAUCUACUCAAGUGGUGUUCGUGCCUUGGAAUGAGGUGGUGAUAAUCGACGAAGUCGUGAUGACGAUGUCAGACGAGAAAGGUGGAGUGGGUCCCCCUCAAGCGUGUCUCGCUCACGACUAUGACAUGAUGAAGCCCGUCGUCCUCGCCACGUGGAAACACGGCUUCCAGGGCGCCUGUCCUGAUAAGAGUGCUAUACUGGCUGAAUCUCAGGUGAUUCAAGAAAGUUUGCAAAUUCCCGGCACAGGUUUGAACUUAGUAUAUCACAGUUCGAGAGCUGCUGGCUACCUUUCGACAAUUCAGCUCCAGUUAACACCGGAAAAAGUUCCACCAACGUUGGUCUUGAUUCAUUUAAGGAUAACCAUUGAGGGUAUUCUCUUCGAGAAGACCUUUGAAGCGGAUCCAGUUAUAAAGUUCACAUAUCCUUGGAAUAGACUGAACGUGUACAGGCAAAGGGUGUAUGGAGUUACAACGGCGCUGGUAAAAGUUGGUUAUCAGUAUACAGACUGUAAGGAUAUCAUCUGGAACGUACAAACGACCAAACUUAGUGGUCACGAUAUGAGUAUCUCUGAUGUUGGCGGAUGGAACUUGGACAUACAUCAUCGAUACAAUUUCCACGAAGGUAUUCUUCAAAAGGGCGAUGGAACGAACAUCUACUUGAAACAUAAACCUCGCCUCAUAAUAACCACCAUGGGAGACGGUCGCCAACGUGCUUUAGAAUGCGGUAAAGAUUGUUCUGGAACUGCUGUCAAACAGAGGCUUCUCGCUCCCGUGGCCUUAGUUGCAGCUCCUGAUGGCUCUAUCUUCGUGGGUGACUUUAACUUGGUACGGAAAAUUAACACUGAUGGGACUGUUCGAACCGUUGUAAAAUUAAACGCCACACGAGUUUCCUACCGUUACCAUAUGGCUUUAUCACCUUUGGAUGGCACUCUUUACAUUUCUGAUCCAGAGUCUCAUCAAAUUAUUAAAGUACGUAACACAGACGACUUCAGCGAUCCUGAGAGAAAUUGGGAAACUGUCGUUGGGUCGGGAGAGAGAUGUUUGCCUGGAGAUGAGGCACAUUGUGGUGAUGGAGCAUUAGCAAGGGACGCGAAGUUAGCAUAUCCUAAAGGCGUUGCUGUAUCAAUUGACAACGUUCUAUAUUUCGCCGACGGUACAAAUAUACGAAUGGUGGAUAGAGAUGGUAUCAUAACAACGGUCAUCGGUAACCACAUGCACAGAGCCCACUGGAAGCCAAUACCUUGUGAAGGAACCUUAAGUGUAGAAGAAGUACACUUACGAUGGCCCACAGAACUAGCUAUAAAUCCACUCGACAACAGCUUACAUAUUAUUGACGAUCAUAUGAUUCUUCAAAUGGCACCGGAUGGAAGAGUCAAAGUCAUCGCGGGAAGACCACUUCAUUGUCCAUCACCACUGACGGGAUAUGAUAUGGAACUCGCAACGUAUGCGACACUCGUAAUGCCACAAAGUAUCGCUUUUGGUGCUGCAGGAGACCUAUACGUCGCGGAGAGCGAUUCUCAAAGAAUUAACAGAGUAAGACUAAUUACAACUGAUGGAAAAAUAUCUCUAUACGCUGGCGCCGAGUCAAAAUGCAAUUGUUUAGAAAGAGGAUGUGACUGUUUCGAAGCUGAUCACUUCUUAGCUUCUAACUCCAAAUUUAACACCAUCUCAGCUGUUACAGUCAGCCCAGAUGGCAUCGUCCAUAUCGCAGAUCAAGCAAACUACAGAAUUCGCUCUGUAAUGGCAAGCAUUCCAGACGCAAGUGGUGCGAGAGAGUACGAAAUUUAUGCACCUGAUACUCAAGAAAUCUACAUCUUCAACAGAUUUGGACAACACGUUAUGACGAAAAAUAUCCUUACAGGUGAAGAUAAUUAUGUAUUCACGUAUACAGUAAAUACUAGUAAUGGAAAAUUGAGUACCGUCACAGAUGCCGCAGGAAACAAGGUUUUCUUGUUGCGUGAUUAUUCGAGCUUAGUGAACUCUAUAGAGAAUACUAAAGGGCAAAAAUGUAGGCUUAAAAUGUCACGUAUGAAGAUGCUUCAAGAACUGCGAACACCUGACAAUUUCAAUGUGACUUUUGACUAUCACGGCACAACAGGGUUACUUAAAGCUAAGUAUGACAGUACGGGCAGGAGCUACAUAUACAAAUAUGAUGAAUUUGGUAGACUUACAUCAGCUGUCACUCCUACCGGAAGAAUAAUAAAUCUCACAUUCGAUUUAAGUCUUAAAGGAGCAACUGUUCUUGUAAGCGAAAAUAACCGCAAACCUGUAUCAAUUCUAAUUAAGGGAAAUUCAGUCAACACUAAGGUUGGAGAAUCUGAAAAGAAAACUAUUAUUUCAACUGACGGCAGCAUAUCAUCAAGCAUGCCUUGGGGGCACGUAAUAUCAACUGAUACAGUUCCAUACACAAUUCUGUCAGAAAUUGAUCCAAUUUUGGGAGAAAGUUAUCCCGUACCGGCUAAACAAAAAAUUGAAGUUGGCGGCGAUUUGGCAAACAGAUUCGAAUGGCGCUAUUUCUUACGUAGAUUGCAAUCUAACAAAGGUAAGGGUAACAAAGCGGUCGCUCAAAUAGGUCGUAAAUUAAGAGUGAAUGGAGAUAAUCUCUUAACUCUGGAAUAUGACAGAGAUACAUCAACUGUUGCUGUAUUCAUGGACGAUAAGGUGGAACUUUUGAACGUUACCUAUGAUAAAAUGGCAAGGCCAGUCAAAUGGGGUCCUCGUAGUGGCAUAUUCGCUGAAGUUGAGUUAGAUUAUGAUAGAUUCAACAGACUUACUAGUUGGCGAUGGGGUGACUUGAAUGAGACGUACGGAUACGACAGAGCUGGAAGAUUGCACGAAAUUCGUUACGGUGAUGGAUCUUCCUUGGCGUAUUCAUUCAGAGAUAUGUUCACAAGCUUGCCUCUGAAAGUUACGACACCUAGAGGCAGCGACUAUCUUCUUGAUUAUGAUGACUCUGGUGCCCUUCAAAAUUUGACAACACCUAGAGGACAUAUUCACACAUUUGCUCUUAUGACUUCAUUGGGCUACUUCAAAUAUCAGUACUUCUCACCUAUGAAUAGACAUCCAUACGAAGUACUUUACAAUGACGAUGGUCACAUACUAGCUAAAAUAUUCCCUCACCAAUCCGGAAAAAUUCUCUAUGUUUAUGAUAGUACUGGAAAGUUAGAAACGAUUCUUGCAGGAGCUUCAGCAAUUAGAUACGUUUAUCACGAUAAUACUCAUCUUGUAAAGAAUGUAGAGAUCACUGACCCUGACUAUGAACUUCGACAGGAUUAUAAAUACCACGCUGGUAUUCUUAAAGAUGAAAAAAUGAAAUUUAAUUCCAAGAGUGCUUUAAACAACGCUCAUUUCAAAUACCAAUACGAUGGCAAUGCACGACUUUCCACAAUCGAUAUGAACAUCAAUAGUAAAGAGAUGCCACAGUUAAGAUUGAAAUACAAUCAGAAUUUGGGCACACUUGAAGGCGUUAGUGAUUUACGAAUCUACAGAAAUACUUUCAAUCGAUCUGUUAUGCAAGAUACUAGCAAGCAAUACUUUACAAUCACUGAUUACGAUGAUCACGGUAGAAUUAAAACUAUCCUCAUGAACAUCAAAUCAUUCGAUGUAUUCCGUCUCGAACUAGAAUAUGAUGUUAGGAACAGAAUCAGAUCGAAGAAGAUGAUGAUUGGCGAUACGUCAUCAAAUGAACGAGUUAGCUAUAAUUACGACGGACACCUUAUGGAAGUAGUCGGGUCUGAAGAUGACUGGAAAUAUGUUUACGAUGAGAACGGUAACAUCAUCGGCAUUAUUGAGCACGGAGAGAAACGUUACUUAGGCUAUGAUAUCGGUGACAGAGUCGUACAAUAUGGAGAUAUUGAAUUUAGUAGCUAUGACGGCCGAGGAUUCGUUAUAAGACGAGGAGAACAAAAGUACAGAUAUAACUCUCGUGGUCAAUUCGUUCACGCGUUCGAAAGAGACAAGUUCCAAAUGUGGUACUAUUACGAUGAUAGGAACAGAUUGGUCGCGUGGAAAGAUGAUAAAGAUAACAUUACACAGUUCUUCUACACGAACCCUCAAUCGCCUAAUCUGAUUACACAUAUGCAUUACCCGAAAGCAGAGAAGACAGUGCGACUUUUAUAUGAUCAAAGAGAUUUCCUUACUUGCAUAGAAACUGAAGAUCAACGCUUCUACGUGGCCACUGAUCACAAUGGGUCACCACUUGUCGUAUUUGAUGUCAAUGGUGAAAUUAUCAAAGAAAUAAAGCGCAGUCCAUUCGGUAAGAUCGUCAAAGACACUAAUCCUGGAUUCUACGUGCCCGUGGACUUCCAAGGCGGAAUAUUGGAUUACAAUACUAACUUAGUGUACUUGGAAAAUCGAUUGUACGAUCCUGUCGUCGGUCAGUGGAUGACGCCUAGCUGGGAACAUCUUGCAACUAAACUAAGCUUGCCCACCGACAUAUUCAUCUACAGGUUUAGAAAUAACGAUCCCAUCAAUAGAGAUCAAAAUGUCCCUUACAUGACUAAUUUGGCGAGUUGGCUUCAAUUGUAUGGAUAUGAUUUAACUAAGAUGAUGGGAGCUAAAUAUAUAACAGAUAUGAUAUUCCAACCAAAAACAUCGGUCACGGCUCCUCAACUUGCACCUGAUUUCGGUGUUAUGUCUGGACUACAGUGCAUCAUCGAAAAGGUAAACGACAAGCUCGCUGAUAUUGAAUUUGUUCCCACGCCACUAUUGAAAAUGGAACCCAUUACAAGGAACUUACUCCCAAGGGUUUCUUACAAACGGGGCGUGUUCGGCGAAGGUGUCCUCAUAUCGAGGGUAGACGGAAAAGCUUUUAUAAGCGUAGCGGACGGAGCCAAUAGCGUUGUCGAAGACGUCAUAACGACUGUUUUUAAUAACUCAUACUUCCUCGACGUUCACUUCAGUAUACACGACCAGGACGUGUUCUACUUCGUGAAGGAUAAUUCGCUCAAAAUAAGAGACGAUAUGGAGGAACUGAGGCGGUUGUCUGGAAAGUUCAAUGUGUCGCAAGACGAGACUAACGAUCAAGGAUUAGAGGUGCGCGUACACGCGGUGGGCAAGGGUUCGGCUCAGGCGGUGAUCGUACUCCGCUACGGGGUGGAGCCAACCGCAGAACGAGUGAAGCUGUUGAAACACGCACACAAGAGGGCCGCGGCGCGCGCUUGGGAACGAGAGAAGGCAUUGGUAGCGGCCGGUUGGGAGGGUAGAGGUGCCUGGAGUGAAGAGGAGAAAGAGGAACUCAUCUCGCAUGGAGUGGUAGACGGCUGGGCGGCUAAAGAUGUGCAUUCUGUGUCUCGCUACCCCCAACUAGCUGAUGACCCCGCUAAUGUCGUGUUCGUAAGAGACGCGCGUCGCAAACGCCGACGCAGCGGUCGCGCGAGACACCGCUCGUGA